AUUUAAAAAAUAUAUUAAUAUAUAUAAAUUUUUGUUUAAAUUAUAUUAAAAAUAUAUAAUUAUAUCAAUUCAUUCCGUACUUUUCAUCAUUUAUCACUUAUAUUUUUAUGUUAGAAACUGGACUUUAAGUAUCAUCUCUUACAUUUCGAUGAGAUACUAACUACAAAAAAUUGACGUGCUUGACGUGCAAUUUUUUCUUCAAAAUGAAGAAUUGAAAAUGUGAUUUAUUAUAUCGUUAUAAGUUCCUGUUCAAUAAAUUAACCAACAAUGAAUAAGAUGUCAAGAUAUCCUUCAGAUUGCAAAGUAUAUGUAGGAGACUUAGGAAGUGGUGCGACAAAGCAAGAAUUAGAAGAUGCUUUUUCUUACUAUGGAUCUUUAAGAAAUGUAUGGGUAGCUAGAAAUCCACCUGGAUUUGCUUUUGUGGAAUUUGAAGAUGCUAGAGAUGCAGAAGAUGCAAUAAGAGGACUUGAUGGAAGAACUAUAUGUGGAAGACGAGCUCGUGUGGAACCAUCUAAUGGGAGAAGAUUAAGAGAUAGGAGUUAUUUCAGAAGAGGUAUAGGAAGAUUGUUUCAUCCUGAAGAUAGGUGUUACGAAUGUGGUGAAAGAGGCCACUAUGCUAGAAAUUGUCAACGACAUAGAAAUACACGUAAGAAAAGAUCCCACUCCAGGUCUUAUUCACGAUCAAAAUCUCAAUCAAGAUCACGGUCUCGGUCACGUUCGAAGUCAAGAUCAAGAAGCAAGCAUUCACGAUCAUCAUCUCGUAGCCGUUCUCACAGUAGAAAUGACUAUAAUAAAGAUAAAAUUCGUAAUAAACGGCGAUCUGAUUCUAGAGAUCGUAGUCCGCGCAGGACCAAAUCGAAAUCUGUUUCUAGAUCUCGCAGCAAAUAAAACGAUGUAUAUUCUUUAGCUGAUAAGUGUAUGAAAAUCAUUUCUUAUGUUAAUAGUUAUAUGUUCUAUCAAUUAAGCUUUUUCAUGAUUAAUUUUUUCUAAUCCUUUGAAACAAGAUGUUAAAAAAAAA